UAAAUUUGUAAAUUCGGUAGUUUGAUUUCUUGUCUAACAGUAAAAUUUAUCGAUAACAUUUCUACUUCGACCAACAAACUUUUAGUUAAAUUUUUCAAUUUUAGUGGUGCAAAUGAUUAUUAAUACAUCAUGAUAAAAUUAGAUACAUCUUUUAGUUUAGGUUCAAUUAUUGAGUCAAAUUUUUUGGGGAUUUCGAACGAUGCAGAACCCGAUAAUGUAAUUGUAACUUUGUCGAAAAAUAUGGUUACUUGUUUUCAUAUGCCCAGUCAAAAUCAGGUACGUUGUUGGAGCAGUUCUGAUAAAUUAUCUUCAGAAGUAAUAUUUGAUCCUAUAAGUGAAUGUUAUUAUGGUGUUUUUAACUAUACAAGAAUUGGGAAGUGGUUACGUAAUUCGUUAACAAUGAAAGAUAUGAAGAAAUAUAAUUUUUCUGCUAAAAUUAUAAGACUUUUAACCAGAUUGGACUUUAAAGGAGCUAUCGCUGUUUUUGAAAAUGGACAUUGUGAAUGUUUAUAUGAAGCAAUUGGAAAUCGAAAAAAAGUCCGAGUUUCCGUCAUUAAUGAUGGUGAAACAAUUGAGUUAACCAAAUUAUGUAUACUCAGAACAAAAGCUAUAUGUAUUGUUGUAUCUGUUGAUAGCAAAAAUGUGAAAACUUUACGAUCAGUGCCAUUGGAGGACACAUUUUUGCCUAUUAAUUUACAAAUAUCUUUUAAGAAUAAAACUGAUAUACUACUUGGAUAUUGUGUAAGAGAAAAUUCUGAUUCGCUUAGUGUUUUAACAUUUUGGUCUAAUGGAUUCUUGUAUUCUAAUGAAUUAUAUGCAGAAUUUGAAUGUAAUGACUUUCCUGGGAAACGUUUAACUGAAAUAUCAUUGGUUAAUUCAAACAAACAAGUAACAAUAAUUCAACUCAGUUCUGACUGUAUAGGUCUUUAUGGAGCAGAACCAAAAGGCUGUGGAGCUGCUUUAGUAAUAUACAAUUUUCACUACAAUAUGGUAGUUGCUGUACAACAUUUUAAAAACUAUACGGACCCUCCAAAUUUAUGGUGUUUUGGAAAUCAUUUACUUUUAGUAACUGGUCAAAACUUGGCUGUGAUUCCUUUUACUUGUGAAAGAAAUAAUUUAUCCCUGUUAAUGGACAAUAAUUUAACUAAACCAAAUGAUGAGUAUGAAGAAAUUGAAUGGGAUGUCUAUGCAAAAGAAAUGUGUAACGAUAAAAAAAUUUCAACUUCAGCAUUAUCUCAAUCAAAACUAAACGAAAUAACGAUCAGUGAUUAUAUUAAAAAAAAAGAUGAUAAAUCAUUAAUUAAUUUACUAAUGGAAAAUAAUGAUAUAACUGAUAAUUCCUUGGUUGAAAUAAUAUCAUAUUGCAGCUUAAACACAGUGAAACAUUCAAUGCUUUUGGUAAAAAUAUUUGCUUAUCCACCUUUAAAUAAGCCAGCUUGCUUACGAGAUAAGCUAUCAUUUGAGAAUAUGCUAAAAAUUUUAAAUGCUUUAUAUUCACUGAUAAAAGACAAACUUAUUGAAGAAAGAUUGGUUGAUUGGAUGAUACUGCUGAUUGAUUGCUCAUAUCAACAAAUAUUACAAUCAAACGACCAUAAUGUUCUUGAAUUUUUAAUAAAAGUUCAAGAAGAAAUUAAUAGUAAAUGUGACUAUGUUGAAGCAAUUAAUAAUAUAAACAAUACUAUGCAUGUUGUUAAAAAUAAAAAUGUAAAUAGAAAAAAACGAGAUGAACCUGUUAACAAUUUAUAUAAAAUUGAAACGAUUAAUUUAUAUUAA